UGUUUGGAGGAGAUGGGGAAAGAAGAGACAAUGGGUCACAAUUAUCAUAAAAGAACGGAAAAGUUAGUUCCCUCCUAUUUCCUCCAAACACACCAGACCUAGCUAGUUUACACGUUUAAUCUUAGUAUUACCGAGGAGGAAAGAGGAAUCUGAAAUAACUCAUUUAAAAAUCCUCCAUCCCCUUUCCCCUCGGAUAAGCAGUUCAUGUUUCAACUUGUCCACCUAGCUAUGUGGAGCCCAGGAGCUGCUCUGACUAUUCAUCCACGAGUGUUUCUUCUCCAGUCAGUACCAAAACGGACUGUGAGCCUACACUGCCUCAUCUCUCACGUAACUGCUUGAUGCGUUCCGGAAUGCUAACAACUACCCCACCCCCACAGCUAGAGGCUUUUUGAGGUUUUUUUUAAAUGCAUGCUCAAGUUUACGUAAGUAAAUCAAACAACAUGGCGAACUCGUUUACAGAAAUGCAAAUUAGAUCAGUAAGUGGAACCGUGCUACAGUCACUUCCUUCACAAAGCUCUCUUCUCCAUUUUGCUCGCCGAAUGCCCAUUUUGUAACACCGCAGGAGCAGGAGCAGGGCAGGAGCGGCGGGGGAGGGGGCAGCGCCUCCGCCUCUUCCCGGGGAGGACGGCAGGAAGCGGCCAUCCCGCCCACCCGCUUGGCGGGAACCUUAAAGGGCGCUGGAGCAGCUGGGAAGCCCGGAGUUCCCGCUCGGCACCGCCAUGUCCACUCCGGCCAAGCGCCACUGCCAGAGCCCCCCCAGCUUUCUGGAAUCCAGCUUCCAGAAGCGCCUCAGGAAGAUUUCCAUCGAGGGAAACAUCGCUGCGGGGAAGUCAACGUUUGUCAGGCUGCUGGAGAAACACAGCGAUGAGUGGGAGAUCAUCCCCGAGCCCAUCGCUAAGUGGUGCAACAUCCAGACAGCCGAGGAUGAGUAUGAGGAACUUUCAACAUCUCAGAAGAGCGGAGGAAACUUACUUCAAAUGCUGUAUGACAAACCCACAAGAUGGGCUUAUACAUUUCAGACUUAUGCUUGCUUGAGCCGAGUAAAAGCACAAUUAAAACCUGUCUCAGCCAAGCUACAUGAAGCAGAACAUCCAGUGCAAUUUUUUGAAAGAUCUGUGUACAGUGACAGAUAUGUGUUUGCUUCUAACCUGUUCGAGUCUGGAAACAUCAAUGAAACAGAGUGGUCUAUUUAUCAGGACUGGCACACAUGGCUUUUGAAUCAGUUUCAAUCAGAUAUAGAACUGGACGGCAUGAUCUAUCUCAGAACCACACCUCAGAAAUGCAUGGAAAGGCUACAGCUGAGGGGAAGAAAAGAGGAGCAAGGAAUUGAGCUUGAGUAUUUGGAAAACCUCCAUUAUAAACACGAAACCUGGCUUCAUGAAAGGACUAUGAGAGUUGAUUUUGAGUACAUCAAGGAGAUUCCUAUUCUAGUUUUGGAUGUUAAUGAAGAUUUCAAGAAUGACAAAAUUAAACAGGAGUACCUGAUUGAUAAAGUAAGUAUCAAGUAUCAGGGGGGAUCUAUCUGCUUUUCUUCUGAGGUUAUCAUGCAAGCAGUGACACUUCCAAAUAGAGUUGGGAGGGAGAGUAAACAACCAUUUGAGGAAACAAGGUGAUAAUGAAGAAGGCGCUUGAGUCAAAAUGGUGUUUACCAGUUCCAAGGAAAGACAAGACUUGGGAAGUAAAUGCCAAAAGAAACUCUGGUGGAGUUGUCUGACCAGUUCAUGGGGGGGAAAAAAAAACCUCCUAAUACUUAAAAGCAUGAGGAAGUGCUCGCCUAGCAAACUAAACAAUUUUCUUCAUCUUGUUCUGGGUCAUCAAUUUGAGAUUACUGAAGAAUGACUCCUUCAAACUGAGCCUAAUUCCCUCAAUUAAACAGCUCUAAAUAAACUGGGAAGGGGCGCACAGUAAUCACUUGUGGAGGUAUUUGUCAUUACAUCCUCAUGGAAACCAGCAAUUAAUAGCUUUGUUUUGAACACUCAGACACGUCAUCUUCUACCCUUGCCCCUCUGAAAGACUACAUGCAUUUGUCAUGAAUUAAAUGUAGGGGCAAAACAUCACUGGAAAACUAUAGUAACAAUUUCUUCACAAAGCAAGGGAAAAGCCUGGUACUUUAGCUUUUAAUGCACUGAAUAAUACAUGUGUUUUGUUUUCUUUUCUCAUAGGUCAAGUCUUUCCUGACUUCUUUAGAAGAUUAAAAUUAAUUCGAAUAACAAAUCCCUGAAAUUCACCUAAUAAUCUGUGUUCAAAAAAUGUACUUUACAAAUGCAUUACCUGUAUAGCUUAUUUUAAAGCAAGCUAGAAAUGUAAAAACACUGGUGUUUAUUUUUUCCUUGUCUGAGCUCUUGUUUUGAUAGACCUUUUUGUAUAGCUAAAAAGAAGAAAUAUGGGGUGUUUUGAUUAUGUUUUUUUCCUGUAUAUUCUCUGUUGUUUAAUAAAGAUUUAAAAGUCAUAUUGCCUCUUGCGUGGCUUUCCCCGCAGGGGAGCUCAGCGGUUGUCAGAGGCCGACACCCAGUAAACAGAUAGCAGGCGCUGAGCAGGGUUGUUUUGCAAUAACUGGCACAGGUUCACCAUUUUAAGACGAGACUGUUAUGGCGUCCAGAAACCUUUACUUUCAACUUCUGCUUUACUGAGUGGCCGUUUCCACGGGAUUUACGCUACUUAAGGCUGGACGUUAGAC